AUGUCGAGCGCCGCGAGCGUGUCCAGUGUCGCGAGCGUCGGGAGUUCCGCGGGCUCCGAGCGGUCCGAGCGCUCCGGGAGGUCCAUGCCGCCGCCGUCCAAGCUGCCGGGGCUCGCGAAGGCGACCGUCGCCAAGCCGUCGGGCAUCAAGCCGCCGGGCGCCACCACCAGCAGGCUGCCGGGGAGCAAGCUGCCGUCCAGCCUCGCCGGCAGCAACAGCAGCAUCGCCAGCGUCACCAGCACGGCCAGCACCGCGUCCAGGGUGGGCCGCCUGUGCGACGGCCACGGCAGGAAGGCCGCCACCCCCACCACGCCCACGCAGAACGGCCCCACGGCCAACGCCAUCCGCAAGCUGAGCGAUGACUUCGCGCGCGGCACCAAGCUUUCAGACCUAGACGACCCGGUGGCCGAUGCCUACGCCGCCCUGUCCGGCCGGCGGCGCAGUUCCGACAGACGAUCCUCCAGUGGCACCGAGAGCGCAUGGGACUUCCGUCGCCUCAGCGAGGCCGGGGUGCGUCGAGCCUCAGACGCGAGCGCGGUGCUGACGGAGGACACGGACAGCUUCAUCAUCGGCGAGCGUGUGUGGGUGGGCGGCAGCAAGCCGGGGCGCCUGGCGUACAUCGGGGACACGCAGUUCGCGCCCGGGGAGUGGGCCGGCGUGGUGCUGGACGACGCCAUCGGCAAGAACGAUGGCUCGGUGGGCGGCGUCCGCUACUUCCAGUGCGAGCCCAAGAAGGGCGUCUUCUCGCGACUCACCCGGCUGACGCGCUACCCGCUGCCCGAGUCGGCACUCGCCGCCCUGUCGUCCUCCGUGCUCACGUCCCCGACGACGCCCGUGGCGCGCAAGACCGCCCCCAGCCUGGCCGCCACCCCCAAGGCCGCCCCCAAGUCCGCCUCCCCCACCCCCACGCUGUCGCCGACGGGCAGCGUGCGCAGCCUGGCCGGCGCCGAGCUCAAGCUGGGCGAGCGCGUCAUCGUCAUGAGCAGCCAGACGGGCUCCAAGGCGGGCAUCCUGCGCUACAAGGGCCCCACCGCCUUCGCCUCGGGCGAGUGGUGCGGCGUGGAGCUGGACGAGCCCAUCGGCAAGAACGACGGCGCGGUGGCCGGCACCAGGUACUUCGACUGCCAGCCCAAGUUCGGGUUGUUCGCGCCCGCCCACAAGGUGAGCCGCAGCCCCGCGCCCAAGCGGCUCUCCACGGCCAACUGCAAGGUGCACCACCGGCCCGGCCUGCACGGCAGCAGGGAGAGCCUCUCCUCCAUCGUCUCGGCGCGCUCCUCCAUUGGCGGCGACUGGCUGGGGUCAUGCCCCACAUCGUGCAAUUGCACCAUCCACCUAAAUUCACUCCCCAAAUACAAAUUUGCCGCCUCGAGGUCCAGUCACGGUUCGUGCAACUGCACCGCCCACCUGCUCAAAACCGCCUCUCCUGCCCUGCGAUCCACCCCGACCAGUUCAACCCUUCGGUCUGGUCUCCAGGAGACGUUAAAAGAAAAGGAGGCACACAUCGAUCAGCUGCUGAAGGAGCGCGACUUGGAGCGAGCAGAGAUCACCCGCGCGGCUAGCCAGGCCGACCACGCCGAGCAAGCCCUGGCCGUCCUCAAGAAUGAGUACCAGCAGUACCGCGCCGAGUCCGAGGAACGCAGGCAGCGGCUGGAGACGGAGGCCGGCGACCUGCGGCAGCAGCUGGAGGACCUGCAGUUCCGCGUCGAGGAGGAGGCCAUCGCCCGGGCCGAGGCCGCCGACGCCAAGCCCGAGGACGCCUCCGUCAGCCCCGAGAAGGUCGCCGAGCUGGAGAAGCAGCUCGCCGAGGAGCGCGAGCAGGCGGAGGACAAGCUGUUCGAGGCCGAGGAGGCCCUGACGAGACUGAAGGAUGAGCUGGAGAAGAACAAGACUGAGGCCAAGGAGGCCCACGACCAGCUGGUGGCGCGCGACGCGGUGCAGCAGGGCCAGCUCAUGGAGCUCCGCGAGCAGCUCAAGGUGCUGUCCGCCGAGCAGGGCGGCCAGGUGCAGGACCUCAUGGCCAAGCUGCAGGCCAAGGAGGAGUCGUCGCAGGAGCAGGCCAAGCACAUCGCCGACCUGGAGGCCGCGGUGGUGGACCUCAGGGCGCAGGUGGCCGUCAAGGACACGGCCGCGGCCGAGGCGCAGGCGCAGGUCGCCGCCACGGAGACGGCCUCCAACGCCGUCAAGGCGCAGGUCGCCGCGCUGCAGGCCGAGCUGGCCGAGCAGAAGAAGGCCGCCGCCGAGCUGGCGGACCAGGUCGCCGCCAAGGCCGCGGCCGCGGAACAGCUCGCCGGCCAGGUCGCCGCCAAGGAGGGCUCGGCCGCGGAGCUCGCGGCUCGACUCGAGGCCCUGGACGGCGAGCUGGCCAAGCAGAGGGCGGCGGCGGAGCAGGGCGCCGCCUCGCUGGCGGACAGGGACGCCGAGGUGGCGCGCCUCAACGCGCUCAUCGAGCAGCUCAACUCGACGCAGGGCGAGCAGGCCGCCGGCAUGACCAAGGCCCUGCAGCAGCGCGGCGAGGAGGUGGCCGCGCUCGAGGCCAAGCUGCGGCAGGCGGAGACCGCCAGGGAGCAGGAAGCCGCCGCCGCGGCGGAGGCAGCCAAGGCCCUGCAGCAGGCCAAGAGCGAGGCGGUGGCCGCGCUGGAGGCCAAGCUGCAGCAGCUUACUGAGGCAAGCGCCAAGGAUGCUGCCACCGCUGCCGAGAAGCUCCUGAGCCUGGAGCAAGUCAAGACGGAGGCGGUGGCCGCGCUGGAGCAGAAGCUGCAGGUUCAGACCGAGGCCAGCGCCAAGGAGGCAGCCGCCCUGGCCGACAAGCUGCAAGCCCUGGAGCGCGCGCGCGCCGAGGAGGUGGCCGCUCUCAACGACCGCCUGCAGGUCGCCGAGUGCGCCAAGACGGAGGGGGUGUCCGCGGUGGAGGCCAAGAUGCAGCAGAUGCUCGAGGACAAGGACAAGGCUAGGGCCGCGGACGUCGCCGCCCUCGAGGCCAAGAUGAAGCAGCUGGGCGAGGACAAGGACAAGGCCAGGGCCGAGGAAGUCGCCGCCCUCGAGGCCAAGAUGCAGCAGCUGUCUGACACCAAGGACAAGGCCAGGGCCGACGACGUGGCCGCGCUAGAGGCACAGCUGCAGAAGGUGUCCGAGGCCAAGGCCGAGGAAACGUCCGCGCUCGAGGCCAAGCUUCAGAAAGAGUCGUCUGCCAGGGCCGAAGAGGUGGCGGCGCUGGAAAGCAAACUCCAGCAACUGUCGGUCUCCAAAGACGAAGCGGUGGCCGCGCUGGAGAGCAAGCUGCAGCAGCUCGAGGCCGCCAAGCAGGGCGACGUGUCCGCCGUGGAGGCCAAGCUGCAGCAACUGUCCACCGCCAAGGGCGAGGAGGUGGCCGCCCUCUCGGAGCAGCUGCACGCGCUGGAGCGCGCCAAGGCGGACGCCGACAAGGAGGCCGCGCGGCUGGCGGCGCUCUUGGAGGAGGCCAAGGCCCAGGCCGAGGAGAGGGUCGCCGCCCGCGACGCCAAGAUCGCCGACCUGGAGACCAAGGGCCGCGGCGAGCGCGCCAAAGCGCAGCUGGAGGAGGAGGCCGCCAAGAAGGUGGCCGAGGUCGGCCGGCUGCAAGAAGACCUCGCAGCGGAGCGAAGCAAGUCGGAGGGUCUUCAGGGCCGCGUGUCCGAACUGGAACUCCAGCACGGCGAUGUGGAACGGGCGCUGGCCGCCUCACAGGAGAAGUGCGCGCAACUGUCGCAGGCUAAGGCCAAGCUGGAGGAGGACUUGGUGGCCAGUUCCAGCGACUCGUCCAGCCAGCUGAGUGGGCUCAUGGACUCGCUCCGCGCCAAGGAGGCCGAGCUGGAGGCCGAGCGCGCGGCGGGGGAGAGCCGCCUGCAGGAGGCGCGGAAGGAGGCGCAGGCGGCGCGACUCAACGGGGAGCGCCUGGAAGAGGCACUGCGUCAGCACGAGCAGGAACGGGAACACGAACGGGCCGACGCCGUCGCCGCCGCGCAGGCCGCCCAGGCCAACGCGGACAAGGCCGAGGAGAAGAUAGCCGGCCUGGAGAAGCAGCGCCGCGACGCCGAGGCGGCCGCCGAACAGUUGCAACAGAAGCUGCAGGACGCGGAGCGCGAAGCGGCCGCCCGACAGGACCAGGUCGCCUCGCUGGCCGCCCAGGUGGAGGACGCACAGCGCCUCCUCAAGGAGGCCAAGACCGCCGCCGAGCACGCCGAGCAGAAGCUGCAGAAGGACGUCGCCGACGUGCAGGCGCGCCUCGACAAGGCGGUCGAGACCGCGGCCAAAGACGGCGCCAGGGCCGAGGCCGCGGUGGCCGAGAGGGACGCCGCCCUGGCCGAACUGAGGGACAGCCUGGCCGCCCAGGAGGUGCAGGCCAGCGAGCUGAAGGCGCGCGUCGAGACGCUGUCGUCGCAGCUGCAGCAGAGCCAAGCGCUGCUCAAGGAGGACCAGGCCGCGCGGGAGUCGCAGGUGCAGGAACUCACGAAGCAGCUCCAGGACAGCGAGGCCGCGCUCAAGGAGGCCCACGCUGCCCGAGAGUCCCAGGUGCAGAAGCUCGACGCUCACGUGCAGUCCCUGGAAGCCAAACUCCAAGACGCCCUCGUCUCGCACGAGUCGGAGGUGCAGGGCCUCAGGGCCCAGCUGCAGCAGGCCGAAGCUUCGCUCAAAGAGAGCCGAGCCAGUCAAGGCUCGCAAGUGCAGGCCCUCACUUCGCAAGUGGAGGCGUUGUCGUCCCAGGUUGAAGGCGCCAACGCGCAGCUGCAGGAGAGCAGAGCCAGCCUGGACAGCCAGGCGAGUGAACUGCGCGCGCUGGCGGACACUCUCCGCGCCAAGGAGGCCGAGUUGGAGUCGGAGCGCGCUGCAAGCGAAGCCCGCCUACAAGAAGCCCUCAAGGAGGCUCAGAAGACUCAACAGAACGCGGACCGUCUGCAGCAGGCACUCAGUCAGCUCGAGCAGGAGCGCGAGAAGGAACAGGGCGACGCGCGCGCUGCCGCCCAGGCCAACGCGGACAAGGCCGAGGAGAAGAUAGCCGGCCUGGAGAAGCAGCGCCGCGACGCCGAGGUGGCCGCCGAACAGUUGCAACAGAAGCUGCAGGACGCGGAGCGCGAAGCGGCCGCCCGACAGGACCAGGUCGCCUCGCUGGCCGCCCAGGUGGAGGACGCACAGCGCCUCCUCAAGGAGGCCAAGACCGCCGCCGAGCACGCCGAGCAGAAGCUGCAGAAGGACGUCGCCGACGUGCAGGCGCGCCUCGACAAGGCGGUCGAGACCGCGGCCAAGGACGGCGCCACGGCGGAGGCCGCGGUGGCCGAGAGGGACGCUGCCCUGGCCGAGCUGAGGGACAGCCUGGCCGCCCAGGAGGUGCAGGCCAGCGAGCUGAAGGCGCGCGUCGAGACGCUGUCGUCGCAGCUGCAGCAGAGCCAAGCGCUGCUCAAGGAGGACCAGGCCGCGCGGGAGUCGCAGGUGCAGGAACUCACGAAGCAGCUCCAGGACAGCGAGGCCGCGCUCAAGGAGAGCCGUGCCAGCCAGGGCUCGCAGGUGCAGUCCCUCGCCUCGCAGGUGGAGUCGCUGUCGUCCCAGGUGCAGAGCCUGACAUCGCAGCUGCAGCAGAGCGAGGCCGCGCUCCAAGACAGCCGCGCCAGCCGGGACAGCCAGGACGGCCAGGCCAAGGAGCUGCGCGCGCAGGUGGACGCGCUCACCGCGAGUCUGCAGGCGGGCGCCGCGGAGCAGGCCAAGCUGGUCCAGCUGCACCAGAAGCUGGAGGCGGAGCACGCGCAGGCCCAACUCAACGCACAGUCCCUCUCCCAGCAGCUCAACGGCGUCCUCAAGCAGCUGGCGGACGCGCAGGCCGAAGCAGACACCGAGCGAAUGCGUUCUGAGGAUUUGUUGGCCCUGCUAGCCUCUGCCAAUGAUGCCAAGGAGGACGCUCAGCAAGUGUUGGAGUCCCAGUUAAGACAACGUGAAGAAGAGCUCAAAGCCACAAAGCAGGAAUCUCAAAUUCUUUUGAAGACCAUAAACAAGGAGAAAGAAUGUUUGGAAGAAAGAUUAUCUGUCAUGAAAUCGUCUGUUUUGCAAUCAGAAACCAAUGCUAACAGUGCAGACCCUGCUCACCAGCGCCUCUUGGAAGAAAGAGAAGCUGCUCAAGGACAGGUUGACUUCCUUAAUUCAAUUAUUGUUGACAUGCAGCGCAAAAACGAUGAAUUGAAAGCUCGUGUUGAACUAUUAGAAACUGGUAUCUCAACAGCAGAUGUCGAUGAGCUAGAACUUAAUAACAUAAAGCCUAGAAUGGUGGCACCUCGUCUUUUCUGUGACAUAUGUGAUGAAUUUGAUCUUCAUGACACAGAGGAUUGUCCAACACAAUGCAACGAUGUUGCGCCCACAGCAGGUGCUCGUAAGCUGCCAGGCAGUAAUGCAACUGAGCGACCCUAUUGUGAUAAUUGUGAAGUUUUUGGCCAUCAUACAGAAGAUUGUGAUGAUGCUGAGACAUUUUAGGUAAUUUAUGUUAUAUUAUAAAAUUGUAUUUCGAAUCUGCUGUUCCUCAGUUAUCAAGUGAAGAAUAACUGUCUUCCGUUAUGUUUUUUUUUUAAUGUGUGAUUGUAACACUUGAUGCUUUGAUGCUGAAUCAUUGAUAUUGGCUGACUAUGGUUUCCACCAACUUCCAUAAGCUAGGUGUAUUUGAAUUGUUUGCAUUUUGAUGUAACAUAUUGUACAGUAUUUAUUUCUGUAAUAUAUCUAGCAAGUGGCUGUCAGUCAGUAAAACGUCCGCUCUUCAGAAAUUCUUGUCUUAUUUACUGUAUUUCUGAAGAUAAUUAUUCUUUUGUGAUCUGUUUAUUAACUUAGGCAGUUAAUCUGUGAUUUGAACUCUUAUACAUGCUUUGGGAUUUAUGGAUUGUUGAUGAAUGCAUUUUGUUCAUGUUUUGAAUGUUUUAAACAAGUUGUUGCUUUCCUUGGCUCUACUUCAUCUAUAAAGAGACCAGCUGUCUGGUAACAAAGUUACUCAAUGUAAACUCUAAAUGCAUUUUUAUUGUGCUCCAUUUGCUUACUUAAUGUUAUUCUGUAAUUGAUACUUUUACAGAAAAUAUUCAGCUAUGUUGCUGUCUGUAAUUAUUUGUGUAGGUUUUAAUAGUUAUGUGUAGCAUUAUACAUAUUUAUACAUAUUCAAAUGUGAUAAAUUAGACUCAGUGAGGUGGAUCAAUUUUGCCAUUAGUCAGAUCCUCGAGUACGUAGCAAAUGAACUGUAGGAGGAAACGUUGAUGUAUUGCAGUGACUGAUCAAAACUGUGCCCAAAUUUAGGAAAAAUUCAAUGAAAGAUUGUUUGGAGACAGUUUUCAACAUUUUCAUAACUCCUUUGUUUUCUAAUGCUGUAGGACUCUGUCAAAUUAAAUUUAAGGGUACAUCUGCAGUCCAAUUUUGCAAAAGCAUAAAUAAAAGUAUUUUUGAAA